AAUCCAAAAUUCAUCACUUUUCUCUCUCCUCGUUCUCAUCCAACACACACAGCUUUCUUGAUUUAUUCUUUUGAGGUUUUACUCCCUUUAUCGUUAAUUUGAAAUUCCCAAUCAAAGCCAAAAAGGAAUCCAACAAUGAGCCGUUUGGAGACUACGAUCACCUUUCUUCAUUCUCUAGCUGGGCCAAUUGUGAUGCUUCUGUACCCCUUGUUUGCAUCGGUUAUAGCAAUAGAGAGAAGAUCAAAGGGGGAUUCCGAUCAUGAGCAAUGGCUUGCUUAUUGGAUCCUUUACUCUUUUCUCACUCUCAUGGAGAUGCUUCUCGAACCCAUCUUACAAUGGAUACCGAUAUGGUACAAUAUAAAGCUAGUAUUUGUGGCGUGGUUGGUUUUACCUCAAUUCAGAGGGGCAGCUUUCAUGUAUGAUCAAUUUGUUAGGAAGAAUAUCAAAAAAUAUGGAGUUUUAGGCCAACAUGGCAAAGGCAAGAACAAGUUUGUGGACUUCUUCAUUACUCCUAAAAAAGUAAGUUAAUGGAAGAAAUAAUCUUCUGAAAGUUCAAAUAUGUUGUGAAUAAAAUACUUGUACCAUGUAUUUAAAAAAAAGAAGAGAAGAGACUUGUACCAUGUAUAAUAUCACUCUUAUGUAAUGAGGGGUAUGGUUUUGGCAAGUGGAUUGGUAGCCCAGUGGUUGGCGCGCAUCAU